AUGGACCGCCGCCCACUGUCCACCAGCCAUCGUCUCCCACUGCCGGCCGGCCGUCCUCCUCCCGUCACCGCCCGCCUCUCGCCAUUCGCCGUCUCCCGCCGCCGGCCACUGUGGGCUGCGACCCGCCGUCUACCGGCUACCUUCUCCCGCUGUCGGCCGCCUUCCUCCUACCACCGCUCGCCUCCUAACGUCGACCACUGUCUCCUGCCGUCGGUCACCCUCCUCUUGCUAGCCGCCUCUAGCCAUCGCUUGCCUCCCACCGCCGGCUGCCAUGGGCCACCGCCAGUCGUCCACCGGUUAUCGUUUCCCGCUGCCGGCUGCCCUCCUCCUGUCGCUGCCCGCCUCCAAUUGCCACCCGCCUUCCACCGCUGGCCACCGUCUCUCGUUGCCAGCCGCCGGCCUCCCACCGCCGGCCACCGUGGGCCGGCACCCGCCGUCCACCGAACACCGUCUCUCACCAUCGACUGCCCGCCUCCCGCUCUUGCCCACCUCCUCCCGCUGGCCACCGUCUCCCGUCGCCGGCCGCCCUCCUCCCGCUGCCGCCCGUCUCCCACCGCCGACAGCCGUGGGUUGCCGCUCGUCGUUUACCGGCCACCUUCUCCCGCCGUCGGCCGCCCUCUUCUUGUCGCCGCCCGCCCCUCGCCAUUCGACAUCUCCCGCCGCCGACUACUGUCCAUCGGCCGCCAUCCAUCGGCCACCGUCCCUUGCUGCCGGCUGCCCUCCUGUCGUUGCCGCCCGCCAUUCGCUGUCUCCCACCGCCGGCUGCCGUCCACCGGCCACCGUCUCCCGCCACCGGUCGCCCUCUUCCUGCCUCCCACCGCCGGCCGCUGUGGGCCGCUGCCUACAGUCCACCAGCCACCGCUCCCGUCGUCGGCCGCCUUCCUCCCGCCGCCACCCGUCUCCCCCCCGCUGGCCACCGUCUCCCACUGCCGGCCGCCGUCCUCUCGCCGCUGUCCUUCUCCCGUCACCGGCUGCCAUCUUUCGCAUUGGCUGCAUCCUCGUCCGCCGCCGCCGCCUCCCCCCGCCGCUCGCCUCUCGCUGCCACCGUCUACCAAGUAUCAAGGGUAA